UCUUCCACUCAUCACAAACUCAGACCAGGGACGAAGACACACUCGUACACUCCGACACAUACGCUCCAGACACAGGACCCAACGACCACGUACGGUAGAGCAGUUCCAGGGGAAGCAGGAAUCUUUGUCCCCUACAUCCAGACCACAGAGGUGUCCACCAUGGAGCUUUUUGAGACCAACCCUUACUUCUUCCCUGACCAGCGCUUCUACGAGGGAGGUGACAGCUAUUUCCCCUCUCGCCUACCUGGGGCAUAUGACCAACCUGGCUACCAGGAUAGGAACUCCAUGAUGGGGUUAUGUGGGAGUCUUUCAGGGGGUGUUGGAGUUGGGGUGACAGGAACAGAGGAUAAAGCCUCUCCAUCCAGCCUGUCACCUCACUCUGAACCCCACUGCCCGGGUCAGUGCCUGCCCUGGGCCUGUAAGCUCUGCAAACGGAAGACAGUGACCAUGGACCGCCGGAGAGCAGCCACGCUGAGGGAGAAAAGACGCCUGAAGAAGGUCAACGAGGCCUUUGAUGCCCUGAAGAGAAGCACCCUAAUGAACCCCAACCAGAGGCUGCCCAAGGUGGAGAUCUUGCGGAGUGCCAUCCAGUACAUUGAAAGGCUGCAGGCACUGGUGUCCUCCCUGAACCAGCAGGACACUGAGACAGGACAGCAGGGACUUCACUACCGACCCAGCCCGGCCCAGCCCAGAGUGUCGUCGUCCAGUGAGCCCAGUUCGGGCAGCACCUGCUGCAGUAGCCCCGAGUGGAGCAGCACCCCAGAGCAGUGCACGCAAAGCUACAGCAGCGAGGACCUCCUGAGUGCUGCUGACUCUCCAGAGCAGGGGAACAUGCGUGCUCUGACCUCCAUCGUGGACAGCAUCUCUGCAUCAGAUGGAGCCGUAGCCUUUCCUGUGGACAUUCCCAAGUAGACCCUCCAUUUAGUGGACCCAUACACGAACAGUGAGCCAAAAAAAAAGCAA